GAGCCUUGACGCCCGCUCGCCGGAUAUGAGCACUUCUUUUUGUUUACUGAGAUCGUGGAGUUGACUUUGUUAGGCCUCGACACUUCUGAAACUAUUAUUCAUAGGAAAACUCAACCAACGCAGGAGCAGAGGAAUGAACCACAGAAGGGGCAGUCCUUGAUCUUGAUUCCAGAACAGAAUUGACUUUCAAGCGUUGCGACUGGACACAUUUAAAAAAACAAACUGAUCUGCAAAAAUGUGCGAUUCCGACUCUGAGACAGAUGAUCUUCCACACGCCAUGGGCAUAAGGAGGCCCUGGGACAAACAUGAACAUCUUAGCUGUCCUAAAAAAAAAAAUAAUAUUUGUGAAUAUUGGAGCCUUAUCUCGCCAACUGUGAAAAAGGAGACGUGCCAAGUAAUGAAUAUCUGCAUCUUUUGGCCUAUAUUGUUUAAACCAUGUGUGAAUUCCUAUAAAACUCAAUGGGCAAUAGAAACGGGAUUGAUAAAUACCAAUUUGAAGACUGAAUUGAAUCUGAAAAGUCUGUACAAAAUUGAAGUAAUGGAAACAAUCCUUCAGGCCUUGGCAAAAGGAAUUAUGUCCCAAACAUUAGUCGAACGCUUAAUAAGGAUAGGGGAUAAUUUCCUCCAAAGCUAUGAUUGUGUUGAUGACGCCAUUGAUUGGAUGGAGAGAGCAGGGGAACCUGGAAUCUCAGGAAUUCUCUCAAGACUUGGAACAAAACAUACGCGGAUGGAAACCCUGAGGUUUAUGUAUUGUGAAUAUAUCCAUUUUAUGGAGCUGACGGUCAACGGUGUGAAUUUGGUUUUGGAGUUUGAAAGUCCAGCUUAUGAGUGGGUUGUAAAGAAAAGUGAAGAAAUGAAAAAGAAAGGAAAUGACCAAUAUCAGAAAAGAAAAUAUGACUCUGCAAUAAAGUGGUACACAAAAGCUAUUAAAUACCGCCCAGAGAAUCAUAUUCUUUAUGGCAAUAGGGCUAUUUGUUUCAUUCGCUGUGACAAAAAACAAAAAGCCCUUGGUGAUGGAAAAAGAGCCACCAUAUUAAAACCUAACUGGCCCAAGGGGCAUUAUCGUUUCUGUGAAGCAUUAUUCUUACUGGAUGAGCACCAGCGAGCUUUGGAAGCCAAUGCAAAAGCACAGGAUCUGUGCAGAGAUAACCCUGAAGGGAUCUUGGAUCUAUGUCAACAGAACAAGAGAUUCAGAACAGAAAUGGAAAAUUUAGGUAAAGCUGCUGAAAAAACUAAAAGAGGGUUAAAGGGAGAUUUCAGUAAAAAACCGGAAACCGUUGAAACAGAAGCACUGCACGAUACAAAGGAAACAGACAGCAAACCGGAGAACAGCAACAACGUUUCAGAGAGCAAAGAAAAUAAAGAUACAGCCGAAACUGGCGACAUUGCAGGUAAAACAGAGGACAGCGUUCCAGAGAACUCCUCCAAGUCUGUCAAGGAGACAAUAAGUGACAUGCCAGGAAUACAAAGUCGAAACAUGGGAGAGAGGACACCAGAAAAAAAGAAGCCACAAAACGGAACCCAGAAACCUGUGGCAAAGACUUCAUCAGGCUCGGGUCGCGGAGAUGUGAAUAACAUGCUGAAUUCCCUCAUUCUUGACGGACGCAAAGCCCUGGCAGAGCGUCACUAUCGCAACGCUGAACAAGCUUUUGCAAAAGCACUCGGUUUACUAGAUUUGACAUCACUAAAGGAACUCAAUCUCUCUUCAGUGGAUUAUGGUAUUCUGAUAUAUGAUUAUGCCAGUGCCUUGUGGGAAGUUGGACAACCUGAGGAUUUGGCAGCAGCUAAAAAUCAUUUUAACAAAAUAAAAGCCUGCUUUCCUAAAGACAGUCGCUUUCAGAGUCUGGCCUGCUAUGGAUUAGGGAAGGUGUAUUUUAAAGAGAACAGGUUUUCAGAAGCUCUGGAUCAGUUAAAAAAAUCUCUUGCCCUGGCAAAUUUGCAAACUACACCUGCCAUAUUGACUUGCCCCCCAUCAAGGCCUAAUGUGGAUAAUCAGAUUGAAAGUUUAAAGCGCAUUAUGGAGGUGUACAUUGAGCUGUGCACGUUCCCUCCACAGCCUGACGCAGUGUGCCGCUAUCAGCAAUGCCAAGUGAAUUCCAAAAUCCAGAUCUUCUUCACGGAUCCUGAUUUUAAGGGAUUUAUCCGAGUACAGUGUUGCCAGAAGUGUUGUGUAGAGUAUCACAUCAGCUGCUGGAAAAAGAUAAAAGCAUCAGUAUUCAACGAUAAAAAUGAGAGGGAUUUUCUGCAGGAAACGUGUUUUACUCCUGACUGUGGUGGUAAAAUUUCAAAAAUUAUAAUCUAUGCUUCAACAGGAUUACUUAAAUGUGAGUUAGAAACUAAUAUUCGGAAAGUCAAUACAACACCAAAGCUGAUUGUUAAACAGAAAUGUACAAGCAUUAAGAAACUGAAAUCUAAAGAAGAUCGCAAGUUAAGACGAACGCAACGAAGAAAAGAGGCAUUGGAAGCCAUUAAAGAGAAACAAAGCCAUGAAUCAAAGACAGAAAAUGACUGUUCUAAAGCAGAUUCCCGCAGUAAAGCUGUUCAGCAGACCUGGAUGAUCUACGGGGAUCACAUCCUGCAGCAGAUUAUUGAGAACAAAGAACUUUUGAAAGAGGGGGUACAGGACAUCUCUAACAUGAAUAAAUAUCUGGAGCCUUGGACUGCAAGGAACAAGGAGAAAAACACAUUCUCCAUAAAUAAUGCAGAACUGCCUGUAGCUAUGGGAGACCUUGUGGAUUUGCUGGGGCAGAGAAAGAACAGGGUAUUAACAAGAGUGUUCAUUGAAGCACUAAGCAAAUGUGAAGAUAUCAUCCCGAAGCUGCAAGACUGGACACAAAGGCUUAAUAAUGCAGGUUUGAAAGCAGCAGAGGCGUUCAUUACCCGGUACUCGGAGCAUCUAGAAGAGCAGGACCUCAGUCCACUUUUGGAUUUCUAUCCCUUUAUGGAAUUUUUGACAGAAAAAUUUGGAACUAAACCGGUGUUUUUGAACUCGGGCACCUGUGCUCUUGUGGAUUAUAUAAAGCAGGCCCCUCAACAGGAAAUGCGUCUCUUUAUUUGGUCCCUUGAACACAACGUGGAAAUAUUCCCCUCCCUCCAACACAUUCUCAAUGAAUAUUUUGAAGUAAUGGAUGCCUCCUGUACUGUGUUAAAAAAGCAAGACAAUGAAGAUCUAUCUAAUAAAGGUAUUCAAGGUAAAAACAGGAAUCGAAAAAAGAAGCUGAAAGAAUCAAAGCCUGUUUAUAUUCUGUCUGGAACGGUUGGUGGGACGCACAGAGAGGAAGAUGAGGAUGAUAUAUUCACUGAAGAAGACACUCUGAGUUUUCUCUGCUCUCAAGAUCUUUUUAUGGUUCCUGAGCAUCUUCGUGAUCAGCUAACAGAAUUUGAAGUGCAAUAUAACCAAGCUCCUCGCAGCAGCCAUUACAGAAGAAUUUUGGACAAUAACCCAGAUCCAUCACGAGAGAGUUUGUAUGACUAUUUUUCUCAGAUUCUGGAAGAGCACGGCCCAAUGGAGAUUGAUAACCAGUUGCUGGUGGGUGAAUUUGAAAACUUCCCCGGAGAGACAAAGGAAAUGGUAGCGAAUGCUGGAGGACUGAAAUCUUUUCUUCUGGAAUCGUUGAGGUUCGUCAUGAUAAACGAUCUGAUUGGACUGAUGAAACAUGCUGUUUCUCUUAAAGAGCAAGCCGCGGACUCACCUUGGGCAGCAGGUGACUAUAUCAACGACGGGAAUAAGCUCUCAGACAGUGUGCCUGGCAAUGACUGGGAGCACUAUAACCAUCAGAGAGUUCAACUAAACCCUUCUGCUGAAGAAUUUAAACCCUUAUCUAUAAACCACAAUGACUUUUUAUCUUAUACCCCAAAUAACAUGUUGCCGACACAGACUCAGCUGCUCUCGGAUUAUGGAUUUUCAUCAACCGAUUCUUUUUCUGGUUUGAAAAUGGCUUUGCCUGAAACUGACCCAUUUGGAUUAAUACACUUCUCUCCAUUAGAAACUGCAUUCGCUUCAGUAACACAUUCACAAUUAUCUGAUGAUCUGGAUUGUACAAUGUCUCAUAAUUCUAAUAUAGUUAUUGGUAAUUCUGGUAAAGGUAGUAUUGGUAUAUUCAAUAGGGUGUAUGAUCCUGAAAGGACAGACAGCUUGAAAACUAGUGCUCAAAAUUCACCAUUUUACGUUGGAAUUGCUAAGGAUACAACUUCAGAGCCAUUUAUGGCAUCAUGCAUAUAUGAUGAAGUUGGUCCUGAAUCUGAGAAUUCUAAGAAGAAGAAGAAGAAAAAAAUUAAAUAUUCUGAACCUGUUUUUAUGAAGGCUAUAGGUGUGCAGGUUUAUCACGAAACUACAGAACAGGAAGUCAAUACCGAUCCUUUUAACCCUUUUGAAACUCAGCAAGGGGACAUUAUUCGAAACGAAAAGGAGCUCAUAGUCCUACGAGAACAACUGAAGGAAGUCGAAGAGAAAUACGAACAGCGCGACGACAAAGAGAUUAAUGCACUUGAGAGAGAAGUGAAGGAAAUAAAUCAGACAAUAGAGAUAACAAAAACAGAACUGAACUUGUUUCGGCAGAAACUAGAAAGUGAUGUGAAGAAGGCCCAACAGGAAAAGCGAGAACACCAGGAGUCAUUUAAAACACUCAAGAAUAAAAUCAAAUCUCUCAAUGAAGCCAGUGAGACGUCCUUGAGAAACAUUGAAGAAAAGAAGCAGGAAUAUGAGAAGCACUUUAAUAAGUUCCUUGAAUUAAGCAACCAAUCAGCAGCUGAGAAGAUGAAGUUGGAGGAACUGCUUGCGCAGAAAGAAGAGUCAAUCAAAGAGACUGUUGAAAGAGCAAGGGCAGCAGAGGUCACUUUGCUUGAGAAUCAACGCAGUGGCAGCCUAAAUUCACUGUACAAAGUUGCUUCGAAAGGAGAAGUAAUGAUAAAGAACCUGAAACAACUGGCAGCUGGAACCUCCUCUCCAACUUUGUUUCUACCUGCCAUUGAUGCCUGGCAAGCAUUGCUCUCAGACAUAGAGAGGAAAAUAAGAACUGCAGAAUCGCAGUAUGAGGAAAGAAUUGAGAUGGUGAAAAAAGGUUCCAAACUAAGCAGUAUUGCACCAGUGUGUGUUCCAAAACUUCCUCCCAUCCCUUCUCUACCUAUGCCGUUUUAUCCUUUCCCUGCACCACAUGUUCUAGCAUCAGCUGUGCCUUUCCACCCCAACUUUGCAGUGCCGCCCCCCCCUUUCUUUACCCCUCGGCAAGGCUCUGCACCAGCCAUGCAGCCUGUCAUUUACUCCCCAAGCAGAGCGCAAACCCAAGACCAGCUGGACUCCUCACAGUUAAACUCGGGCUCAAACAGCAUGCCUCGUCCUGGAGACCAUGUAGUAAUGUCCAACAGGCCCUUUAUUAAUGACCCGGCUGUUCUGCAUGUGUCAUCCCUGGUUCGGCACUCUGGGAACAUGCAGCAGGGAGAGCAGAAUCAAGCUUCAAGAGCCAGCCCCAGAGCCAGCCCCAGCCCCAGAGCCAGUCCCAGUCCUGUCCCUUCCGAGGUGACGGUAGGGAAGCCUCGGCAAGAGCGUACCCCAGUAAAGCAGGCGUCUGCAAUGCCUGAUGUUGAGAGUUCAAGACCCGCUCCACAACAGCAGCAGAAGAACACUUUUGAGAAGAUUAUUGAUAGACUGAUUGCCAUGUUUCCGCAUUAUACCAGGUCUACCCUGACAGUUUUCAUUAAGGACAUUCGUACUGGAAAUGGAGGAAGUCUUAAUGCGUUGUCCUACGAAGAAAUCAUCAACAGGGUGGCUCAACGCAUCUUGGACCAUCAAGACAACACUCGAGUAAGAAUUCUCGAACAGAUCCAACAUGACAAUGUGUCUCGCACAACACCAACAAAGCCUCCUUCCAAAUGUACUUCUCCAGCUCCAAACAGGGGCUCAAACACACCGGCCCCUACACAUGCGUGGAGACCUGUGGCAUCGCUCAGCAAGUCGCAGUGGCAGAAAAACAAAGCAUUGUAUGCUGAGGAUCCCUGCAUUAUUUGUCAUGAAGAAAUGUCCCAGGAAGACCUUUGCGUUCUCGAGUGCAGACACAGCUUUCAUGGAGAGUGUAUCAAGGCCUGGCUGAAGGAGCAGAGCACCUGUCCUACUUGCCGAGUUCACGCCCUCCUCCCAGAAGACUUCCCCGUCCUCCCUGGGAGACGCCGACUAGCCAACGUCUCCGCGUCCUCCUCGUGAAGCUGUGGAAAGAGUUUCCCCGCUGAGAAGCAGCAUUCUUAAUGGGGGAAGGAAAUAUACUCAUUCGGGUGAUUUUUUAAAUUUCAGCUUUUAUAACCUAAAGCCUGUUAUCACUGAUGGUGGUGGUCAGUUUGAAGCAAGGGUGUUGCAGUUUAUUAGCAUCACAAGGAACGGGGAAAAACAGUAUUUUGGGCAACAAUCGUUGAGCUGCUGUACUGCAGCUGUCCCUUGAAACGUUGUGGCAGUAUUGAACUUCAUUUCAAGAGGAAUAGUUUUUAUAUGUGAACUAGAAUUUAUGCAACCAAUUAACGUUAUUGUAUCUUUUUACUUUUAAUUCUGAAAUUAAGCCUGUGGUUAAUUUGUCAGUGUUCACCUAUUUUUAUUUGCCUCCAUAGUGAUUCAAAUUCUGUUUUCUAAAGCCUGUUUUUAAAUAAAGUUCAAAAACACUAGACAGCAGCCUAUAUAAAACUUCAAUCAUACUUCUAUUAUUACUAUUACUAAAAAGCUUUUGUGAAUAGGGCUCAGGGUUCAGUAGAAAAAGGUUUUCAGGCCUGCUGCUUUGUGUAAUGAUGCAAGCAGGACCUGACAGGUUUUGUGAUCUACUGUUCAACACUGGAUACCUGUUGGCUAACAAGUGAAUAAUCGCACAAUUGGGAGAGUCUGGUGUGAUCAGAUGGGUGGAUCCUACUGGAAACUCUGAUUUUUUUUUUUCCUUAGUUUUGGUCUGUUUAUUUUUAAUGCUUUUGGUGCAGGAUGACUGGUAUAACUAUUUUAUAUUAACCUCCAGUGAUCAAGUGUUGUUUUAUCCCCCAAACACAAAUUUAAAUGUAAAGUUCCAAUCAUUGCUAGUUAGAAAUCCUUCACAUGUUUGAGAAACAUUUUACCUUCAUGAUGUGAAUUGAUUUCUGUAUGAAACGCAGGAAGCUUUGCCUUAAAAUUCAAGUGAUUUUUGCAGGCAGUGGCUAUUAACUGCAACUGUUAUACAUUUAGCAAAAUACUUUGGUUUUGUUGAUGUGCAACUGAUUUCUUCUAAUGUAAAAUGGUUGAAUUGAGUGAAGGGAAGAUUGUGAUUGUGAUGAUGGUUCCCAUCAUUAAAGGGGGAUUAACAGAAUAAAGCCUCUUAUUUUUUUUCCAUACAUUUUCUUUGGGCAACACUUAAUUUCUGGAUCAUUUAUUGUUAGUUAGAGGUUUUCUUUUUUUCUACCUAUCACCUUAUUUCUAUUUGUUAAUCACAUUAAAGCUAAUUUUGCAUGAA